AAGAAGAAGAAAAGCGUCCUGCCCCUCAGAAGAAUUCCUGCGCGAUGAAAAGUGAGUCACACAGCGGAGUGAGAGCAGAGUGAGGGAGACUUCUUCCUGGUGUUCGUGCUCCACGAAGACGCGAGCAGAGGGACGCUGGUGUGGAAUCUUCGCUCGCUCAAAGUCUUCGCCACGUUCAUGAGCGAAAGAAGCGCUCCGCUCGUAAAUGGAGAUACUCGGCUUUUUAGCUUUCUGGUGUGGAACGGCACUCUUCGGUAGCAUUCUGCUGCAGGAGGCGGAGGCUGAUUUUGUGAAGGUUAAGAGGUUAUGUCGGUUCUGCGACGUUCAACCAACCACCUGCACCGGACGUGGGAUCUGCAAAGUGGAGUGUGACAGAACAGCAAUCUGCACUCAUGAUGAUGAAGUGUGUGUCACUAUUUGGAGGAGGAAAGAAGACAAUGUCACCUUUGAGACCCUCUGUCACAACCCAGCUCACACCCUGUACAACCUGGUCCUGGACGACUACAACAACGUCGAGUGUGAGAUGAAAGAGAGGAAGGAGAUGGGCUCUGAGUUCUUCAUGUGCGCCUGUGUGGAGGAAGAGUGCAACGAUCGUAUCUUCUUCAACCGCCAAAUGGACUCCCAAGUUACAGUGAUUAUCGUGAGUCUGGUUCCACUCCUGGUCAUGGCGAUUGCCGUUAUCACGUCUUUCUACUGUUACCGUGUUCAUCGGCAACGCAGUGCCAGCUCCAAGCGUAAGAAAGGCGCCCCACUGGACUUCAGUGACGGCCAUGCCAUCAUGGUGGACGAAGAGGGGUCAGACAGCAGCUCCACUCUUGCCAACAACCUCAACCACAACACCGAGCUGCUGCCCAUCGAGCUGGAUGUCCAGGUGGGGAAGGGGCGUUUUGCAGAGGUUUACAAGGCCAAGUUGAAGCAAGGCUCCACGGUCAGUGAGGAGCAGGGCUUUGAGACGGUGGCAGUCAAGAUAUUUUCCUAUGAGGAGUACGCCUCCUGGAAGAACGAGAAGGACAUUUUCUCAGACGCCGACUUGAGACACGACAAUGUCCUUCACUUCCUGACUGCAGAGGAGAGGAAGGUCCAGCGGCAGUAUUGGCUAAUAACCGCAUACCACUCUAUGGGGAACUUGCAGGACUACUUGACUCACCACAUUGUCAGCUGGCAUGACCUGUGGCUGCUGGGUGAGUCACUCGCUCAGGGACUGGCCCACUUGCACAGCGACCACACGUCAGGUGGCUGCUACAAGGUUCCUAUUGCACACAGGGACAUUAAGAGCUCCAACAUUCUUGUGAAGAGUGACCUCACCUGCUGCUUGUGCGACUUCGGUCUCGCGCUGCGCCUGGACAACACCUUGUCUGUGGACGAGCUGGCCAACAGCGGGCAGGUGGGAACUGCAAGGUACAUGGCUCCAGAAGUGUUGGAGUCAAGAAUCAACCUGGAGAACAUUGAGUCCUUCAAACAGGCUGAUGUAUACUCCAUGGCGCUGGUGCUGUGGGAGGUCAUUUCCAGAUGCAGCGCUAUCGGAGAGGUCAAAGAGUAUGAGCCACCUUUUGGGAACUUGAGGGAACACCCCUGUGUAGAAAGCAUGAAAGACAGUGUGCUGCGAGACCGAGGAAGACCAGAGAUCCCCAACAGCUGGAUCAAUCAUACAGGUAUCCAGAUGGUGUGCGCUUCUAUCGAGGAGUGCUGGGACCAUGACCCCGAGGCUCGGUUGACGGCCCAGUGUGUGGCCGAGCGCUUCGACGAGAUGGAGUUCCUGGACAAGCUGUCGGAGCGGUCCAACUCAGAGGAGAAGAUCCCAGAGGAGAUCAUCGUGGUGGAUGAGAAAUAGAUCCAUUGUAUCCUGUUUGUCCAGAAUCUGCGACAGAAGAUUGAAGGACUUUUCUUCUUCCAUGAUGGGAGCAGACAGGGACAUUGCAUUAUAAGCUUUUUAACCAAAUACUAUUUGCACUUUAUCGGUAUCUAUGCACAGCAAAGCUUUAUAUUCAGCGUCUACGUUGACAAAUGUUUUUCAGGUAAACAAAGUAAAGGGAGAGAUUGUAGUCAGAGGGUGAGAUUGUUGUAUGAAUUCAUGCAAUUGAAACCAGUUGGAUGCUCAGUUGUUUUCCUAGUGGCCUUGUAAAUUAGACUCAAAUAGAAGCGGCAUAACAGAAGACAAAUUAUGAAAGGGCUGAUGUUGUCCAGACAAUGGGCUUGUAAUGAGCUCUGUGUUGAGUGUUUUGACAAGAGAAACACGUGUGCCAGUGAGUUCAACAGCUCCUGUUCAGGACAAUCACAAGGACGGCUUUGUGCUUAGUUCUGUGGGUCGAACCAAACACACCCAGCGGUGCCUUCACUGACCUCAAUUGCUUUAAACAAAGCUCCUAAACUGGACGUUUGAAUGCAGAGAAUGGAUGAAUGCAACAAUACAUGAGGAUUCUUUUCACCAAAGCAUAGGAAAACCAAAUUUCAAGGGGUAGGAGGAGAUUGAUCCAAACCUAUGAACAAGGCCAUGAAACCUUUGCCACAUGCUCCGUUAACAGGACUUUCAGGGGUCCUGCCCAUCGUGUGUGUGACCCCAGACUCCUUCACCUCUCACAGCUGCUCUCUCUGGUCACUGGACUUGAACUGUCCACCAAAGUUUAAUGAAGUCGAGAAAUAAACAUCAAAUCAUUUUUUGUCCUGCUACCUGUCGAUGAUAGGGCCAAAUAUUUGAGUUAUAAAUGUUAAUAUUGUCAAGUGUCUUAAUGCGUCGUUCAGUACGAGUGACGCCAUUUCAGAUGAAUCUAUUAGCUAGUGGAAGAUGAGGAACUGGAGGUUAAAUGUUGUUGUUUCAGUGCGGCAAUAAAGAUUUGUUAAGAUUCACAAGUGUUAAGAUGGCUUCCAAGAGGACAAUACAAGAGGUUUUCUUUCAAGCACACAGGUUCACAUGCUGCCUUCUGCAACUGUCUGCAACAGAAGGAGCCGCUUUCUACUGUGCAUGAUUAGAGUCGUGUCUGUA